GAGAAUUCUCUUUUAUCACGUUGAACCAAAAUCAUUGCAUUUCAAUGCCAAAAAAAAGAAAAAAAGAAAAAAAAGUUAAAGCUCUAAUUUCUUUAAGCCUUGUCCUAGAAAAAGUAAAAAAAAAUAAAAGCCAGAAAAUGAUAGCUACAAAUGAAUCAAGAACAACAGGACUACAUACCUGAGGUCACUACCAAUGACAAUAAUGCCGAAAACUCAAGCUUCUUUCAGUUCUAGAAGAAGAAGAAGAAGAAGAAGAAGCAGCAAUUUUUGCAAAUUCCUUGCCUUGAUUCACCACGGUCAUUCUGGUCAAGUAAAUUUACUGAAGCGCGUCUCAUACAAGGAGUUAGAUAAGGCGACAGAUGGUUUCCGAAGAAUCAUUACUUGUGACUCUCAAAGCAUAACCUAUGAAGCUAAAUUUCAAGAUGGUUCUGUUUCUGUUGUGAAAGAAGUAAAAAGUGUUGGUCAAGGAAAUGAGGUAUUCCACAAGGAAUUGCAUCUUCUAGGACGUUUGCAUCACCGACAUGUUGUAGCACUUAGAGGUUAUGCUGUUGGUCGUAGAAGUUUCCUGGUUUUCGAGUGCACUGCAAAGGGAAGUUUGAAGGACCACCUGAAUGAUCCCCUAAGGACUCCUCUAAGCUGGAAGACCAGAGUACAGCUAGCCAUCGGUGUAGCUGCUGCGCUGGAGUAUCUACAAUUCUUCUGUGAGCCACCAGUAAAUCACAUCUCUAUCAAUUCGAGCAACAUUAUCUUGGAUGAGAAGUUGAUUCCUAAGCUUUCAAAUAUUGGCUGUCUCUGCUCAGAAGAGAAGGCAGAUGUAAUACCUCAAUUUGGUGCAUUACUACUUGAGCUGAUAACUGGUGAAUCUUCACCAAAAGAGAGCGCUGAUGUACUUCAGUGGAUAUGUGAACUGCAGUCAAACUUAUCCAUGCAUAAUAUAAUUGAUCCAGACCUCGGAAAUAGUUACAGUUUCAAAGAGUUAAGGGACCUUCUAAGUGUAGCAAGGUUGUGCAUAAAAGUCGACAACACACAGGCCUUCACUAUUUCACACAUCUGUUGGUAUCUUCAAAACAAGUUUGGUAAUGCUAGUUACUAGUCUCCCAUAGAAUAACAUAAAUAUGUAAUCGUGAUUGGAGUAAUAUAAAUAUAGCUUUAAUUUCUGA